UUUAAAAAUGGGUUGUGGAAGUUCAACAGGAAGUGAUGGAAGGAUUAGAAUGCAAAAGACUAAGCUACCAGGAAUGGACGAGGUCUUUGAUGAAGUGCAGGGCUUUGUAGAUGAAAUUUAUGAGAUCCAAGAUCCCAUCGAUGAUGCCUUAGAGAAUCUGUUAUGGUAUACCAAUUUUCAUAAGACUGUUGGAGCAACGGCUCAUCACUGUUGUGUUGGUAUUGUCUUCUCUCUUGCUGCAGCUACUAAUGGAGCAGGUGUUGAAAAUUUGUUUGAGGUGAAGCCAGCCUCUCCUUUCUUGGAAUUAAACAAGAGUAGUGCUCAAGGAGAUACUAUUAAAGCAAUUGAUGCUUUCACAGAUUACAUAAAAGCUCUAACUGCCGCAAAAGACAGAAUUGAACCCCUUGCAGAUAAGGCCAAGAGUUUUGCUGAGAAAGCUCCAGAUCUGCCAGGAAAGUGCAAGGAUGAUAUUUCAAAUUCUAAGGAUCUUGGAAUGAUGGAGAAGGCCAAAGCUGCCAAGAAUACAGCAUCUAACAGUAAGCACAUGGCUAAACUCCCAUCUCUUGUAACUGGGCUGAAGGAUACCAUCCAAGAAGCUUUUGAAUCAGUUCAAGGAGCAGGAAAAGAACUCAAUGCUAAGAAGGAUAAGCUUUCUGACAUCGGGAAGGAUUGUGCUGCUAAAAAGCUUGAGUAUCCAAAGGACUGUUAUCUUGAAUUCGGAGAUCCAAUUAAUGUUGAUGGAAAUGCUAAAAAGAAGCAUGCUGCUCAACAGAAAAAAAUGAAGAAGAAGGAAGCAGGUAAAAAGAAGGAUACUGCGAAGUAGAUCAUAAUUAUAUUUCAUAAGAAGUUCCAUCUUAUGUU